AUGUCACUUCGCGCACAACCGCUCGAAGCCCUCCUGCGAUCUUCCCCAUUUCCCGCGACCACAUCUCGUCUCCUUUGGCGUCAACCCAGCCCGUAUCGUACCCCGCGCAACAGGCCUUCCCUUGCAGUCGCGUGCGCAUACAGACGACACCACCAGCAACAACACCGUCUGGUAGCGGCGACUUUGUCGAGGAAAAGCGGCACUGGGCUUUGGACGGUUGCCAUUGUUCUAGGUAUUGGUAUCGGCGGUGCGCUUCUUUUCCCUUUGGCCAGCCCCUCAUCCGAACAGCAACAAAAGGAAAGAGCAACAUCGUCGCAAUUCCAUCUCGCACAUCUCACCGAUUCCUACCUCGUCAUGGCCCCAAACACCCCGCCUGGGCGGCCCGGCACACUUACGGCCGAUGAAGAGACAAAGUUGCGCGAGCUAUGGGCAGUGACACUGAGGGUCUUCGGCGUCGACGGGGCGAGAGAAUCUAUCAAUGGAGACGCGCCCGGCCUGGCUUCGGCACCAUCCGCAGCAGAUGGCAAAAAGGAAAAGAAGAAGAGCCGACUGAACGUCUUCAAGCGUAACAAGGGCGACAAGACUAGCGACGCCGAGUCCAUGGCCGCUUCAGACACCAGCACAUCUACCGAUCUGGGCAGGCUCUCGCUGUCUGCCGACGACGACAAGCACGGUCAGAAUGCCGAGUUCAAGGCAGCGCUCGCAAACAUGGAACCCGAAGACUUGCGGGCAGCCUUCUGGAGUAUGGUCAAACACGAUCAUCCUGAUGCCCUCCUCUUGCGUUUCUUACGCGCAAGAAAGUGGGAUGUAGAGAAGGCCCUCAUCAUGAUGAUUUCCACCAUGCACUGGAGGUUAGACGAAAUGCAUGUCGACGAGGAUAUUGUGAAGCAUGGCGAAUUGGGCGCACUGCAACAUAUCUCCUCUGGUGAUGCACAAUCCAAGAACGACGAGGACUUCCUGACCCAACUACGGAUGGGCAAGUCUUUCUUGCACGGUCUGGAUAAAGAAGGACGGCCCAUGUGCUUCGUCCGUGUACGUCUACACAAGCAAGGAGAGCAAACGACAGAAAGUCUCGAGCGCUUUACCGUCUACACCAUCGAGACAGCCAGAAUGCUCCUGAGGCCGCCCAUUGACACAGCUACCAUCGUCUUCGACAUGACCGACUUUUCCAUGGCCAACAUGGACUAUACGCCAGUCAAGUUUAUGAUCAAAUGCUUCGAAGCAAACUACCCCGAGUCCCUUGGCACCGUCCUUGUCUACAAGGCUCCCUGGGUCUUCAAUGCAAUAUGGAGCAUCAUCCGCGGUUGGCUCGACCCGGUUGUUGCGGGAAAAGUACAUUUUGCAAAGAACAUUGACGAGCUCUCCACCUAUAUACCGAAGACACAGAUCCCUACGGAACUAGGUGGUGAUGAGAAGUGGGAGUAUCAUUACGUCGAGCCGGUGCCAGGGGAGAAUGACAGGAUGAAGGAUGAAGGCGCGAGGCGGGAGUGUGAAGGCGAGAGGAAGGGGAUGGUGGACAAGUACGAAAAGAUGGUUUUGGACUGGGUACACGCUGGUGAUGCGGCGGAGGCGGAAAGGGCAGAGCAAAGCAGGAGAGAACGCGAUGAGACGGCCGAACAACUGAGGCAGAACUACUGGAAGCUGGAUCCCUAUGUACGCGCAAGAUCACUAUAUGACCGUAUUGGUGUCCUGCAGGAGGGUGGCAAGUUGGACUUUUAUGGAACCCACCGGGCUCCAGCCAGUGCUGCCCCGACGACGGUGGCUACCAGCGCCGAUGAUCUGGAUUGA